AUGGAGGGGGUGAGGGACAGGACCACUCUUCAGGAGGAGGAAGAUGACGAAGGAGGAGGCUGGGACAGUCGUUCAUCAUCAUACACUGACUGCAGCAGCUGUUGCUCCAGUGACUUGGAGCCAGAGUGGCUGGAGAGUGUACAAAGAAAUGGAGAACUCUUCUAUAUUGAACUGAGUGAAGGAGAGGAAGAAACUCUCUUAAACUCCCAAGGUGUAAACCAUGUGCGGUUUUGUGAAAAUGAAGCUGAAGUGAUAUCGGAAGAUGUCAAGAAAGAUAAAAAGACAGAGCCACGGUUUAAGAGACUUUCUAAAAUAUUGAAGAAAAAACACAUUGGCAAGAAAGGAUCUGCAAGAUUAAACAGCCAAGCAGGGCCAACAUCUAUCCUCAAACACCAGCCUAGCAAUAAAACUGGAAUGAUUGUACAUCAGCAGUACAAAGACAUUUGUCUGUAUGUUAAUCCAAACCGAUUACUUCAAAAUGGACCAUAUGAGAAGCUGAACCUGCUGCAGGCAAUGAUUGGGAUUGUACAUCAGUCCUCAAGGACUAGUAAGCUUAUGGAAAGACAGGGCAAGUAUGAUGCAGUGCAUAAAUGGACAAGGCAUGAGAAACUAGUUAUACAUGGUUUUAUUCCAGAAAGUCCAGCUGUCCAAAGCCGCCAAAUCUUUAUUGGGGAUACUCUGAUUGCUGUUAAUGAUGUGGAAGUCAGUGCAGAAAACAUUGAAAGAGUUUUAUCUUGUAUACCAGGCCCCAUGCAGGUAAAACUGACAUUUGAAACACCUGUGCUUGAUGCUCAGAUCCAACCUCCGAGAAUAAAUUAUGAGACGCAGCCACCCAUAAAUCCUCUAACAAAGCUGAUCUGGGGUGAAGAACAUGCCAACCACCUGCAGAUUGUGCAAGGCGUGCCUCACAUAGCAAUGUACCUCACACUAAGGCUGGAAUCGGACAACUCAAAGGAAGAGCAGGAAAUUCUCUAUCAGUACCCAGUGUCUGAAGCCUCACAGAAACUGAAGAAUAUAAGAGGAUUAUUUCUGACAUUAAGUGAUAUGCUGCAAAAUGUGUCUGGAUCCCGAAUUGUUAGCUCCACCCUCAUUUUAAACCAACAACUGGUUCAUGUUUCAUAUUGGAAAGAAUCUGAUCGUUUAUUCCUGAUUUCUGUUCCAGCAGAGAGACUCUCACUUCUACAUUUGAAGAACAUGACGGCAGAUCUGGUUAGAACAAUAAAGUUCAAGUAUAAUUCUCUGGAUAGGGCUUUCUGUCAGGCAGAAAAUGUGCCUCGUCUUGAUCAUUUCUUUAGCCUGGUUUUCCAGCGAGCAGUCAGGAUUUCCAUCUUAAAUGCAAAUCCAGGCCAUGGACCUCAGUAUUAUGAUGCCUGCAGUGCCCACAUUGUGGAGAGCCUUCCAGGGGUGCGGUGGCUGUCCUUACCUGAAGAUAUCAAGAUGGAGAUUGACACUGUACUGAGUGACCUGGAGGCACUUGAUUUUGCAGAGCUGUCUGAAGACUACUAUGAAAUGAGACGCCUCUACAUGAUCUUGGGAACCUGUCUAUUUUACAAAGGUUAUCUGCUGGCUAAUCAUUUGCCCAAAGAAGAUCUUCUUGAUAUUGCCCUGUAUUGCCGGCACUAUUGUUUGAUGUCGCUGGCAUCCGAGAGGAUUGGCCAGCUUGUGAUCUGGAGGGAAGUGUAUCCAUCUUAUCACCUAGAGAAAUGCGGGACUCCAAGCAAAGAAGAAUACAGUGAGCCAGAGGCCAGGUACUUCCUUCUCAUCGUAGGCAUGAAACACUUUAUGCUGUGUACUCUGCUCGAGGCUGGAGGCUGCACUUCCAAGGCUGUUGGAACUCCAGGCCCUGACUACGUGUAUGUGGAUCAGCUGAGGGCAACCCUUCUUCAGCUGGAGAUGCUGGAUGCUAGUAUUGAGGAGAGACUAAAUGCUUCCCCCAACCCGUGCCUAUCCUGCGCUGACUGGUUUCUCCCCUCUGCACGAGACAGGUUCCAGAGUGUAGUGAAUUCUGUUAUGAUGAACAAAAUACAGACUCCUAAGAAGGCAAAUUAUUCCUUAAGCAAAAAAGGUUUGACUGCGGACUCGCCAUCUUCUCUAAGAACUCGCAGACCAAGCCCUUCAAGAAGUAGUGGGGGAUCAGAUCAUGGAAGUGAAGGUGUGAUGGAAAACACAAAUAUCCUUUCUCACUCCACACCAGACUUGACCAGGAAGAUUGGAAGGAGGGAAUCACAAGGUUCUGGAGGUUCCGAAGGAAGUGGAGGGAGUGGGAAUGUUCUUAAGAUCAGCAAGAAGAGAUACACACUCCCAAAUCCUUUUAAUUUAGGGAGUUUGAGGCGGAACCUUUCUGAGCGAGAAGCUGAAGAGCUCUAUAACACUGUGAAAAUAACCUCAGGUCCAGAAAACACACUUUUUCAUUACCUAUAUCUGGAAUCCAUUCAAGGAGUCUUCAUUGCACCAACACACCGCGAUGUGGAAGAACUCAGUGGAGCCAUUCACCCUCAGUUGAUUAAGAACUUCCACAGAUGCUGCUUAUCUAUACGUUCUCUAUUUCAGCAGACCCUAACGGAAGAGAAGCACAGUCCUUCCAAAGCAUACACAUGCAAAGAUUUCACAGGUUUGGGUCCUGUUAAAGAGCAUGGAAUUUUAUUUGAAUGUGCUCCAGAGAACUGGGCAGACCAGAAGAAAGCUCCACCCACCAUGUCUUACUGGGCUAUAGGGAGACUCUUUCUACAGCCACAACCUCAAGAGUUCUAUGUUUGCUUUCACGAUUCAGUCACAGAAGUUGCAGUUGAGCUGGCUUUUAAGCUAUCCUUUGGGAUGCCACUUUAGUGAUUUUCCAUUUCAUUCACCAAUGACUUUGGUAUUACAUAUACAAUAACCGUGCAAGCACUUAUGCUGGCCAUUCACGUGGCAAUGUAAUCACUCGAUUCAACCUUCCAUUUAAUAUUUGA